UAAAUAAACAUCAUGGUCGAAUUACUUCAAAAGAAACCCUUUACCUUGAAGAGUCUUGUACGUAGUAACAAAAAGGAGCAGGUGUCACCUAUUAUCACGACAUCUGUCGCAAGAUACAAUGAUCCUUAUAUGCCACAUAUACCACAACAUUCACAUUCUACUCCUUGCUUGUCUCGUCCGGCUCGUCGCAGUGUUAAUUUCUCCACACCCCAAUUGGUUACACACCGUGAGCGCCAAUCCGUUUCCUUGGAAGCUCAGCAUAUUCAUCAUCAUCAUUAUUAUUAUCUCAGCCCUCCAACCUCUCCCACAACCGAUUACCCACCUUUAUCUCCUCCACCCCUUUCACCUACCACACCUGGUCAUUCAUGGAGAAACAUCCGUCGUUCUCCUAACUGGCAGCCUGCUGCUUCCAUCACAAGCUCGGAAGACGAUGAUGACAAUGAGCCACUGGGUCUUCAUGUCGUAAAACCGUUCUCCCUCCUAAGUGAUACAAGCGAAGACGGUGAUGAUGAACUGAUCCCAAUCGCUCGUCUAUCCAUCUCUACCACUGUUCACUUAUCGGCUGCCGAAAAAUACAAGGCAAAAGUGAGGGCAAGGCUUCAUAUGGAAGAUUCAGUUUCCAUUCUCUAAAUAUAUAUCACCUGUACCUUACCUUACUUCACUUUUAUACAUAUCAUACUCAUACCAUCAAUAAAAUUUAUAAAUUGUCACUCUCACUCCCUUUUAUCUCUGUUUAUCAUCACGUGAAAUUGUUUGAGCGCCAACGCCAAAAAACAAACAAAAGUAAAGUCUACACACUUACGUCUACACCUAUUCAUUUUCAUGUCUGAAUUAUAUCUUUGGUUCAUGUCCAAAUGUAAUGAUAAUUGGUUUGAUUUCAUAAAAUGAACUUAUCAUUGCUGGUAGAUAGUGUUGAAUCAUUGAUAAAUAAUUUGCAAGUGUGAAGCAUCAUAUGCAUGUAAAUUAAUCGAUGAUCUCAACCUGACGUAAACCAAAUCUUGUUUAUCAUUCCUAAAUAAAACAUUCACACACUUUUUUCUCUCUCUCUUCCUUUCUCUUAC